CGCCACCGCACGCAGCGGCUCCUCCUCAACACGCUGCCCGCCGCGAUCGUCCAGCAGAUCGCGUCGGGCAACGUCACCUUCGUGCAGCGCUACCCGCACGCCUCGGUGCUGCAGGCCGACUUUGAGGGCUUCACCGCCCUGUCUGCACGCUACCCGCCAAACCAGGUCCUCUCCUUGCUCUCGGACAUCUUCGAGGCCUUCGACGGCCUCGCCGACAAACACGGCGCCGACAAGCUCAAGACCAUCGGAGACGCGUAUGUCGUCUCCGCGGGCGCCCUCUCCCCGAUGCCCGACCACGCGGCGGCGCUCGUCGCGAUGGCGCUCGAGAUGGUCGACGCGGUGACGGAGAUCGUGAUGGCGGCGGAGGCGGGGCUC